UGGUUCACUCGCAGAAAUGACGUGCUAGACCACAGCCCAUGUCGCAGAUUCCAAUUGUCCCUUUGCUCGUCUUCGCGAGCCUUGAUUCUGAAUUAAGUUGAGGUGAUCACUUCCUUUCUCUUGUUUCCAUUUGCGAAGUCCUGAUUUGCACAAGACGAGCGACUGUAGAUUCUGGCGCAAUGGCCCUUUCUAGGAGCUGGCUUCUGUGCCUCUUUGGGUUCCUUCUCCUUUCGCAGCAGUGCCUCCAAUUGGCAUAUGCCGAGGAGGCUGCUGGCGAUGACGAUGCGGGCGAGUACGAAGAUGAUGAGGUGCCACAGGCCGCAGCUGAACCCGCUGCUGUGGAAAACUCCGAGCAGAAUGUGCUCGUGUUGACUGAGAGCAAUUUCGACAAGACUGUCCAAGGCCACAAGUAUGUGCUGGCAGAAUUCUACGCCCCCUGGUGCGGGCACUGCAAGAAGUUGACGCCGGAGUACGCUGAGGCUGCCACCAUUUUGAAGGGGUAUGAGGAGGACGUUGUCCUGGCCAAGAUUGAUGCCACCGAGGAGAAGAGCCUUGCGGAAAAGUAUGGCGUCAGCGGUUUCCCUACCAUCUUCUGGUUUGUGGAUGGGGAGAAGACUGAUUACAAGGGUGGGAGGACUAGUGGGGAGAUUGUGUCCUGGAUCAAGAAGAAGACCGGCCCCCCGGCAACCACCCUGACCUCCAAGAAGGAGCUGAUUGACAUCCUUGAGGUGGAGACCGCUGUGGUUGUUGGCUACUUUGACAAGCUUGAGGGCGCUGAGUGGGAGGCCUUCCAGGCUGCAGCCAGGUCCAUCGACGAUGUUGCCUUUGUCCAGACUACUGAGAAGGUGGUUGCGGACGAGGCAGCCAUUAAGGGCUCUGCGCCUGCCGUUGUCCUGCUCAAGGACGAGGAGGAAAAGCUCUUGCAGUUUGAUGGCAAGUUCAAGGAUGCGGAUCUCAAGGACUUCGUUUCCAAGAACAAGCUCCCCUUGAUCGUGGCCUUCUCUCAGGCGACCGGGCCUGCUAUCUUCCAGAGCCCUGUCAAGAAGAUGGCCUUCAUUUUCGCCGAGGGAGCCGGCGAAAAGUCGAUGAAGGACGCUCAGGCGGUGGCAAAGGAUUUCAAGGGACAGGUUACCUUCGUUUCUGUGGACGUCAACAGCCAGGAGACCGGCCAGCUCGUUGAGUAUUUCGGUGCCAAGGGCCAGACGUACCCUUUCGUGGUCGGUUACGAUUCUGUUGCAACGAAGAAGUAUCAGCUGGAGGAUAAGUUUAGCAAGGCGGCGCUGAAGACAUUUGCGACAGGGUUUGUCAAGGACACUCUGAAGCCUUUCUACAAGUCCGAUCCGAUUCCGGACAAGGAGAGCGAGGACGGCGUCACUGUGGUCGUCGGGAACAAUUUCGAGUCCGUGGUUUUGGACGAAACCAAGGACGUCCUGCUGGAGGUGUAUGCGCCGUGGUGCGGACACUGCAAGGCGCUGGCCCCCACCUGGGAGAAGCUGGGCAAGCGCUUCCGCAGCGUGGACAGCGUCGUCGUCGCAAAGAUGGACGGCACCACCAACGAGCACGAGAAGGUCAACGUGCGCGGGUUCCCCACGCUGCUCUUCUAUCCCGCGGGGUCGAAGGGGAGUCCGUUGAACGUCGAGGUUAAGGACAGGACGGUGAAGGCGUUCACAGAUUACAUCAAGGAGAACGCCAAGAUUCCGUUCGAGUUGAAAAAGAAGGAGAAGAAAAAGGAGGAGGGAAUCGAAGAGCCAACAGCAACGGAAAACGUCAAGAAGGAUGAGCUUUAGAUAGGUUUGAGGAGAAUAUUUCAGAUGCUGGUGGUCAGGCCCCGUACGAAGCAUUUGGAGAAUUUUUAGAAGUAACGAAGCUUAGUUUUGAGUCGCAAUCCAUGGGCAGGGCCGAUGUACGUUAUUAGUAAAGUCUGUUCCUCGUUGGGAACAUGGAGAUUCUCAUAGUGGUUCCCUCAUUGCUUUCAAAGGUUACAUUGCGGAUGUUCUUGAGCAAUCGGUAGCAAGUGAAGCGCCAGGCCACAAGGCCAGUCUGAUCAUGGUGCUAAAGUUUGGCUUGAGGUUGUAUGGUCAAAAAGUCGACAUGGCUCUGACGCACCGGGUUGCUUCGGAUGAAUUAUCACGUGGGUAUUCACAGGCUUUUCAGCUGCGAGGAGUAGGAUUGUACGUAUUCUGAUGGAUGUGUCAUGCCAGUCAACCGAACUUCGUUUUCUGCGAUUGGGCAUUCGACUCAAA